AUGAAAAAAACUGGAGGUGGGCCACCACUUCCAGCUGACGACAGUCAGGACAAAGUAUUAAUACAAUACAAAGUAGUAAGUAUGUUAACUGGUUUCCAAAGCCAGUACGAUGAUGAUAAACCAGAAAAUGAAAGCAUGAACGUGGAAGUGGUUGAGAUUGAGGUUGACAACAAUUGCAAUAUUGUGUGCCCAGAGAAAGAAGAUGAACUAAUAGCGCUAGAUGAACCGAUAAACGUAGCAGAAACCACUGCUGCUUUGCCAGAGCCAUCUUGCUCAUGGGCGGAUUACAAUCCAGCAUUAUUAAAAAAGCCUGUCUUCGCACCUCUGAGGAAAGAGUACAAGAAAGCCCCUUUACGGGAUUAAAUAUCAAAGUGGGCUAUUACGAAAACUGAGUUAGCUGCACUACAGCAACAAGGGCACGACACCUGGCUGAAAAAAAAAAACGCUAGAAGAAUUGGACAACAAAAUAGAAUGUGACAAGAAAGAGAAUGAGUUAAAAAUGAAGUG